UGUUCAGCUCGUCACGCCCGAAGGAAGCCUUAAUAAAAGCGCAAUGUUGGCUACUGUGGCCAUUCUGUUGUAAGUAGUUGCUGUGUUCAUCUGAAGAUGUCGGGAAGAGGAAAGACUGGCGGUAAGGCACGUGCUAAGGCUAAGACUCGCUCUUCUCGAGCUGGGCUGCAGUUUCCUGUCGGCCGUGUUCACAGGCUCCUGCGGAAAGGCAACUAUGCUGAGCGGGUGGGCGCUGGUGCUCCCGUGUACUUGGCUGCUGUGCUCGAGUACCUGACCGCUGAAAUUCUUGAGUUGGCCGGAAAUGCUGCCCGCGAUAACAAGAAAACCAGAAUCAUCCCACGCCACCUUCAGCUGGCUGUGCGUAACGAUGAGGAGCUCAAUAAGUUGUUGGGUGGCGUGACCAUCGCUCAGGGUGGUGUGCUGCCCAACAUUCAGGCCGUGCUUCUUCCCAAGAAGACCGAGAAACCAGCUAAGAGCAAGUAGAUGAGAGAGAUUAGUUUAUUAAAACCAACGGCUCUUUUCAGAGCCACCCAUCUGUUCAGACUGGAGCCUUUUUCCAUUCAGAUUUGUUUUUUGGUCGUCCAGCACUUUAUUUUUUUUUUAUUGGCUGUAUAUUGUAAUCACUGGUAUUUUAUUGUAUAUUACUUUAAUAGAUAAACGGUUUCUUUAGCAA